AUGUCCAUUUUGUGUAAGUAUGAUCCCAAAGGUCAUUAUGCUAAUGUGGCUGAUGCCACGAAACGUCAACCUAUAAUCUCAGUCACUAGUGAAUUAGUAAUGAUGAAAAGAUCAACUUAUCCAAAUCAAGGAAACUCUAAAACUAGCGAUGAUAAAUCAAUAAAAGAUAGAAAAUCAAGAAAUGAAGAGUUAGAAAAAUUAGUAGAAAAAUUUAGUCCACCCCCAAAUAAAAAACAACCUCGCAAUGUAACAAAGAAUAUAAAUGAAGACCCACAAGAAGAAAGCUUCUCAAGGGCAAAAAGAUUGAAAUCUGCUAUAAACCAAGUCAAUGAAAUUAAAGUUCAAUAUAAUGCAGAAGUUCAACAUAAUGCAGUAAAUUUAACACGAUCAGAUGAAAAUUCUGCUGAACACUUAUAUACCACAGUUGAAAUGGAUACUAAUAGACUAUAUUUAGAUGAAGAACAACCAAAUAAUCUCGAUGAUGAAGACACACCUUAA